AUGUUCAAUGAAGAAUUCCUCAUUUAACCUGUUUUUCCAGCUUUUAAUUUUGAACUUGCAUACAAAACAAUCAUAGAUUCAAGUUAGACUUAAAUAUUUAUAAAAGGUGAAUAGAUGAUGGUUGGAUAUUUCGAAAUAGAUAUUACAGAUCAACAUAUAAAGGAUUAUAGAGAAUUUCCAAACAAAUCUAAUGAAGAAAUUAUUAAAGAGCUUUAAACUAAUGUCAGUAAGUAUUUAAAGUUCGUUGCGGGAUACGGAACUGGAUUUGGAGUAUUUAAGAAUAAUUUGGUAGCUCUUGAAACAAUUGUUAAAUAGUUAUCAAUGAAGGAUAAAUAAACUGUACCUAUUCUUAUUUGUAAAAAUCUACUUGGCGGAGAAUCUCCUUUUGAUUUUUCAAUCAAUAAAAACCAGUAAAAGAUAAUUAAUAUCAUUCUCUCGGUUAUAUAAAAAUACUAAGAUCAUAUUAUGUUUAACGAGCUAGUUGAUAAAAAUCUAUGCAAGAUAAUAAAACAAUAAAUAGACUUAUAAGAAUAUUUCGAAAGUAAUCUCCCUAGCUAUGAGAUUCUUGAUCAAUUAUUCCCAAGUUAGCAUCAGGAUGAAUAGGAAUUAAUUAAAGGCAUAAAUUUAGAUCAUCCUAAAGAUGUACAUUAAAAAUAUGAUGAAUUAUUUGGUCAAGAAUUAGAAGAUUUGAAAUAAACAGAUGAUUCUAUCGUAUCUAUUGAAUAUCAUUUGAUCAACUUGCCAGUUACUCUGAAAUAAAAUCCGACAGAACUGAUGAAAGUGUUAAGUGAAACAGAAAGAGCAGAUUACUUUGAAAAUAAAAUCAUCCAAAGUAUAAUCAAGUUUAAAUGGAAUGAAUAUACAAAGUCAUUUUAUUAGAAUAGAUUCUAUGUUUACUUGAUUUUUAUGGCCUCCUUUAUUUUCGAUAUCUUUUAUUCUACAUAUGCUAUCUAAACAAAUAAUGAUAUGAGUUUUUAAGAUUAAAAUAAAGAUAAUCCUGAUACUGGAAAUUUGCAAUCAAAUAUUUGGAUCAAGAUUUCGACAAAAGUAAUUUGUAGUAUUGUUCUAUUCUACUUCUUAACUUAUGAGCUAAAUUAAAUCAUAGUUUAGGGAAAAAAUUACUUUUAAGAUGGAUGGAAUUAUUUUGAUUUUUCUCAUAUUAUUACCUUCACAGUAUAUUGCAUUUUAGACUUCAUGAAUGAAAACUAAGAUAACCUAAUCUUGAUUAAAAUUCUUGUGAUAAUCUUGUCUUUUAUGAAGUUAUUCUUCUUUUUGAGAAUUUAUGAUGGCUUCAGUUUUUUAGUUUAAAUGUUAGCUGGAGUUUUCAAGGAUCUCAAAUAUUUCUUGAUAUUUUUCCUAAUUUUCAUUUUGUAAUUUGGAAUGAUAUUUUUAGUCUUAUUUAAGGCUUAGGAAAUAGAUGAAUACAAUGGAAUCAACAAAUUAGCUUAUUUUUUGAUGGCCUUUAGAAUUUCAUCUGGUGAUUUCCAGCUCGAUGAUUAUCAUAGUUAAAGUGAUGGAUUAGUGAUAUUCACCUGGAUGAUCUGGUUGAUAGCAGUGAUGACUUUGCAAAUUGUAUUCAUGAAUUUCAUAAUUGCUGUGAUUUCAGAAUCUUACGAAAGAGUUAUGUAGAAAUUGGUAGCUGAAUCAUAUAGAGUUAAAGCGCACAUGAUAGUUGAGAGAGAACAGCUUUUCAAUAAAAAUGAUUUGUCAAAUGAAAAAUAUUUCCCUAAUUUCAUUGUUCUCAGAAGACCAUUGAACACAGAGAUAAAUGAGGGUGGGGAAUGGUAAGGAUUUAUUAAAGAUCUUAAAUAUACCAUAAGAACUACAGUAGUUAAGUCUAGAACAGAAAUUAUUCAAAAUAUUCACUCGCUGCACACUCAGAAUAAUCAGAAACUAGAUCUAGCUUAAGAGAAUAGCAAAAAUGAUUUCAACUUACUUAGAGCAGAUGUAAUUGGACUUGAAGUUUAAUCUAAAAGACUUGAUGGUAAAGUGGAUGGAGUUGAUGCUAAAGUCGAGGCACUUGAUACACAUGUCAAGGAACUUAAUGGAAAAGUUGAUGGACUUGAUUCUAAAGUUCUUAGAAUUCAAGAUGAUAUGGAAUUCAUAAAGAGUUCCUUGACUAAAAUUCUUCAAAACUAUAAUCAGUGA